AUGUCUAUCAAAGCCAUUUUCUACAGUAAAUUCGAUCCUCAUGAGGGUCCCAAGAUCGUUCAUCAAGUGCCCGAAGACUCAGUCUUGACCACAACCGAUCUGCCUGCAUCAAAUGGCAUUGUUUCAUCGACUCCCCUCCUUUCAUUUUCGACAAUAUCGCGCUUUGUCAUUCCACGUCAAUCACUCUGUGGAAACCUGAUUUCACUCUCGCCACCGCCUCUCACGCCGAGCAUGCCUCCGACGCUCGUUCUGUCCCAUCCAAUAUGCAUAACAUCGGAUCAUUACCCACGCAACCAAUUCAUCUUCAAUUUCGCCCUGGUCCUGGGCGAACCUUCGACGAUUGAUGUGGCAUCUUAUAAGUCGGUGGUGAAGAAAUUGGCACAUCUGAUGCGAAGCCUUGAAGAACAAUCCAGAUUUUUGAGUGACGACACGGCAGCACCGAACUCGGGGAAAAUUUACAGUCUCUGCGAAAUGCUGAUGGAGGACUUGAACAACUAUUGUGAAUGCAUGAUACCCAUUGACGAAUUCAAUACGUUGAAUAUCAAGCUGUUUCCGACAUUACCAAACCCAGCAAGUGUGAAGCCAUGGCACGUACCAUUGUUUACGGUCCGAAUUGAAACCAUGGUGGACGAGAAUUGGGACUUGACCAUGCUCCGGAUAAUUCCAUACAUCAACGGUGUUAACAGCGUCAAGAGGAUCGCCGCUCUGGCAGACGCCGAUCUGAAACUCACCAAGAAAUGUGUCAAGCAUUUGUUAUAUUACGGAUGUGUGUUGUUGCUCGAUAUAUUUAGCUUCCAUGCAAUCUACGCGCCGACGGCGGAGUUCGCCAAUGUGAUUGCCAAAGACAUCGACAUGCAGAGGGAAUGCGCAAGGUAUGUGAAUACGGCAUUCGCACCCAGCGCACAAGAAGAAGCCAUCAUUGACGGCAGCACUGAACGAAGAACAAGCGGAUUGACCUCGGUGAAUGUUCACGAUGACGAUAUCUGGCCAGUCACCGGCAAAGGCGAUCCGGUCGAUGGAGUCGGAAUCGUACAGCUUUUCGCAAGUUUAAGGCAGGGCCUUACGGUUCGGGAAUGGUACGUGCAGAAUGCCAAUAUGCUCGCCAACAUCGACAUGCGAAGAUUUGUGACGUUUGGGGUCAUCAAGGGAUUUCUCUACCGCGUGCACCGAUAUGCUAUCCGUACUCAAAAGGCAACGGGGCUCCAUAAUCAGCACAAUACGGAAGACACGCAAUAUCUGACGCGGAGCAUGUCCAGUGAACGGCAUUUUUCCGAGGAACCUUCACGGCGAAAUAUGAAACAUAAUAGCCACGCCAAUGGCAAGAACGGUGAGUAUGGCCAUGACCUGAAUGCAAGGAUUGCGGAGUUUUUGGAUGGAACACAUUGUUUUGAUGAGAUCUGCACGGAGCUGGAGAUCAGCGAGAAGGAGUUGACGGAGAGACUGAAGAGUCGGGACAUGGGAGAGGUGGUCAUCAUCUGUCGAUAA